UGAGCGACUCUUUUCUUGACUUUCGCACAAAAGCUGGAAGAAGAAAAAGGUCAAACGUUUCUGUGAUCGCCGCGAAGGAGGCGCCGAGUUCUGGUUCCGCCUGAUUGGCCGAACCUGACAGUGAUGGACGUGUCGUCAUAGCAACCGGGCAGCCAAUCUGCCAAGUCCAAUAGGAGAUCAUCAUCGGAGGGGGCUUGACUGUCUUGUUCCCCCCACCCCUCUUCAAAAAUCCUCUCCUCCACUCGGGCUGGAUUCUUUCUGCUCCAACCCGCGGAACACCCGCGUCCCUGAUCCCGCUCAGGCCGAGGAUGCGGUCUCCAUAGCAGCGUCCUCCUCCGGUCGCAUCCUCAGACGAUUGGCUCGCAAGUUUGGGGUCGCCCUGGGUGCGCGCGCGCGCGUGUGAGUGUGUGUGAGUGUGUGCGCGAGAGAGAGCGCGCGGACACCGGAGGGGAGGGAGACCAUCCACCCGGAGAAAGAGCCUCCAUGUUUCAGCUGCCGAUCCUCAACUUCAGCCCCCAGCAGGUCGCGGGGGUCUGCGAGACUCUGGAGGAGUCGGGCGACGUGGAGAGACUCGGCCGCUUCCUCUGGUCCCUGCCCGUGGCCCCGGCGGCCUGCGAGGUCCUCAACAAGAACGAGUCGGUGCUGAGGGCCCGCGCCGUGGUCGCCUUCCACACCGGCAACUUCCGCGAGCUCUACCACAUCCUGGAGAACCACAAGUUCACCAAAGAGUCGCACGGCAAGCUGCAGGCGCUGUGGCUGGAGGCGCACUACCAGGAGGCCGAGAAGCUGCGCGGCCGCCCGCUGGGGCCCGUGGACAAGUACCGCGUGCGGAAGAAGUUCCCGCUGCCCAGGACCAUCUGGGACGGCGAGCAGAAGACGCACUGCUUCAAGGAGCGGACCCGCCACUUGUUACGGGAGUGGUACCUGCAGGACCCCUACCCGAACCCCAGCUCCAGCAGCAGGUUCUCUCCGGAGGAUCGGUUCGCUCACUGGCGGACGACGACGCCACGGUGGACCGACUGGGAAAUUCGUCCAGUCCGGAGGCGAGUCUGUCCAGUAAAGCGGCCGCGUCUGCGAUCUCCAUCACCUCCAGCGACAGCGAAUGUGACAUCUGACGGGGCGAGAGGGGGAGGACGAGGGAGAAGCGGGGGAGAGACAAUCCGAAUCAAACAUAGUGCCUGCGUUUAUCACACACACACACACACACACACACUCACACCGCCAAUGGAUUCCUGCCAAAACCCGACCUCCAGGCCUUUAUCUGACCCGGGCGGGUCACUGACCGGGACCAGCGCACGGACCAGUCAUCAGCCCUCCGAUGAAAAAUGGGGAGAAAAAAAAAAAAAAAACGAUAAAAGGCGUCUGCACAUGCGCGGUCCGCGCCGUGCCACGAACUGUGAUAUUUUUACUUUAAAGUUUUAUAAAUAAUGUUUAUUUGCUUAUUUAAGACGACCUCGCAGUUUCGUAUUGAGUAUCGGUGUUUUUUUUUUUUUUUUUUCAGAUGUCCACGGGUGACGUGUCGAGCAUGCGCGCUUUAGUGACGUGGUGUUUCAGUCGAAUAAAAACAUUCAUGUUGACCAACACUGUUGUGCGCGCGCGUGUGUGUGUGAUCCUCGUGUUUCAGCGACACGUUCGUUUCUUGCGUGGGUCUAAUUGAGCAGCGCGGCUCCUGUAAUGCGCGGUGACAGCCAGGGGUCACGCAGGGGUCGACGCACUAACCCGGAUGAUGCGCCACCGAGCUCAACACGUCACAACAAACGGACUCUUAUUCUGAAGGAAAUAUAACGUGGGACAUACACGCGUCAGUCAAGGUCAUUUAUUGGGUUUAAUCGAUAUUUACGAGUCAUUUUAAUAAAUGUUAGACGUUAUUAAAACGUUAUUACAGCGACAAUAUACGUCGUAUCUAAUAGUCAUAUCAGUCAUAUCAAUAUUAAUGUAUUUAAGGGGAAUAUCCGUUUAAUUGACAUUAGCGGAGAUUAUUAUUUUUGUCUGAAUGUGUUUCUACGUUAAUCUAGUAAAAACAUUGAUUUUAAAUGGUGAAAAUAUUAGAAAAUGUAUUGGUAAUUAUCAAUGUAACAGGAUCAAAUUCCUGCAUUUAUGAUCAGAACAAUUACAGUAUGAUAUAUAGCUACUGUUUUAUCUUAUCAGUAACAUCUUCAUCUGACUAUAUGAAUGUAAAAAUAUGUUUCCACUUUCAAUGUCGAUUCAACUGUCAAAUCAGUGACUGUACGCAUAUGUGCAGCUGAUUCCUCCUUUCAUCUGAAUCUAUAGCGCUCACUUCAUCCCCGGUCAGACAUCUGUGCCACUCAACUUUAUAAACUCUAUGAAUGCAGCUGAAUAUUAAUGUCUCAAAAUGUCCUUCUACUAUCACAGAUCUAUUCACAUUCAGAUCUAUAGAGCAAAAAUUAAUAUUGAGCUACAUGUUUUCCUUCAGUAAUCCUUUUUAAAUGCUCGAAAAUCCAAUUAUUUUUAUUUAUUUAUAUAUAAUCCCCGCUUCACCAACUGUUUACGUAUAUACUGUAUUUAGAUCAACUUCAAACUCUUUUUGAUCUUAUCUUUAUCAAUAAAUCUGAAAUACAGAACUUAAGUAUCUGAAAACUACUCAGGGGAAAAAUAUUUUUUGUUGGUAUCCUCUUAGUCCACCUCCUCCAUCUUCAUCUAUCUUCCUCAUCCUCACUGGUCCAGUGCCACUGGCUCUUCUUCAGGUGCCGAAGUGAGAAUACCUUCGUCAACCACUGGCUCCAAAUCCAUAACACUUCUUCCCUUGUAUUUUAUUUACAUUGAUGCCAAAAUGAUUAAAAACAUUAAAAUGAAAUCCUAAAAUAUCUUCCAUGAUCACACAAGCAAAAAAAAAGAAAAAUACAGCAGACUACAGUAGAAUUUCAUUCUCCUCUCCAGUCUAUAAAACACAGUCAAUUUCGGCCAAUUGUGUAAAACUAAACUGAAUCCUCUACAGCUAAUUCUGUAAUAAAAUCUAUUAAUAUAAUAUCAAUAUACUGUUGUAAAGUAUUCUAUAGUCUAAUAUUCUAUCAUUUAUAACAUGAACAAAUGUGUUUUAGCAUCGACAUUGAUAAUUACAUGUUUAUUACACCCCAAAAGUGAUCACAACCAUUGAUGCCUUCUUUAUAUGCAGUUGAGCCAAACCCAUAACUUCACUGACAGUUCUGAUUUUAAAUAAAAAGUACUAAGGAUUAACUUCUAACCUCUUUUUCUACACCUUAUUUUACAUGUUUUUUAAUACAGUUCUAUUCUGAAGUUGCUGUAAUCUGAAAGAAAUGAGAGCAGAUUCUGAUUUAGCUCCUCACGGAGGAGACAUCAUAGAUUCCAGGGUGUUUUAAA